CACAUGGACAGGCUGUUGGGGGUGCACGUCUGACAGUUUGCUGUAGUUCCACCCCCCUCCACCAGGGGCAGUGUUCCCUCCACAGACACAUGUUCAGCUGUGGCUGUGCUGUAGAAUCUGACCGUGGAUCAGAUCAGACUCCUCUCUGUCCACUGGUUCUGUCCUUUUGUGUAUAAAUACCAGACCUGGGAUCAGCUGUUCGUCCAGAGGCGGAACCAGCGGAAGGAGCAGACCGGCGGAAACCGGCGGAGACCGGAGACCGCUCCGAAAAAACAGCCGAACAAUGUCCGGCCCCCCAACACUGGCCACGCCCAAAGCGGAACCCGGAGGUGGACCCCAACUGGACCCGGUCUCCAAACCAGGAGGUCAAACCCAGGAUGAGGAGGUCGAAGAGGACCCUACCUCGGAGCGGCUCCGUGCGGUCCCGGUCCACCGCCGUCCAGACCUCCUGGUUCCGUGUGCGGACCUGGUCAACGCCGAGUGGAAGCGGAGCCAGGCCGCCCGGGUCCAGUCCCUGCAGAAGUCCUGCCCAGAGUUCCCGGUCUGCCUGGUCCUCCUGCAGGGCCGCGGAGACGCCGAGCGGCUGAUCGGACACGCCCGCCUGUCCCGGGUCGUAGGUCACGGCGCCAGUCUGUUCGUGGAGUCGGUGGUGGUGUCGAAGGCGGAGCGGGGGAGGGGCUUCGGCCGAACGCUGAUGGAGGAGGCGGAGCGCUACGCCCGCCGCCGCGGCUUCAAACGCCUCUGUCUGACCACGCACGACAAGCAGCACUUCUACGCCCACCUGGGGUACACGCUGUCCACGCCCGUGCAGAACGCCGGCGCCAUGGCCGCCUUCGUUCCCAUGGAGAUGCUGCUGAGGUUUUCCAGAAUGUCCAAUGAGGAGACGCAGAGGAGUCCACAGGGGAGGAGCCACUCAGGCUCCACAAGUUUAACUCCUCCCCCUCCUCCUCUUUCCUCCCUCCCUCCUCCCCCUCCUCCUUCCUCCCUCCCUCCUCCCCCUCCCCCUCCUCCUCCUCUUUCCUCCCUCCCUCCCCCUCCCCCUCCCCCUCCUCCUCCUCCUUCCUCCCUCCCUCCCCCUCCUCCCCCUCCUCCCCCUCCUCCCCCUCCUCCUUCUGGACCUGUGCUUCAGACCCUGGACCAGACUCCGUACAGAGACGCUAAAGGCGUCCCCAUCUUCUGGAUGCACAAAGACAUCUGAGCAGAGACCCUGACCCC